UGUAAGGUAUGACCAAUGGUCUUUGGGUUCUUUGCUGCAUAUCUCAUUAGCCCAUUGAUUGCACUUUGGAUAAUAGCCAGUCACUAGCUCGGAUCCCCCGGAUUGUGGGUGUUGAUUGGUUUACAGAGGCCACUGUGUUCACUGAUUGGUUUAGGUUUGCAGGACACACACGCAUUGGCUGUGCUUUCUAAGCUCUGCGAGGCAAAUGGAUACCACUUCUGCUGGCCAAAACCAUGGUCUUGCUGUCUAAGCAAUCACACCAGGGGUGGGAAAAGAAAAAAAAAAAAAAGUUGCGCCCUUUCUCGUGCUCUCAGUUUCUGUUCUGUUCUUUCUUUCUUACCGGAAAGCUGUGGAAAUGUCAAGCUAUUUUAUUCUUUUAUAUCUCUAGCUUUGAACUCAGACCACUUUGUGUUAAUCUUUUCAUCUUACUGUAGGUCUUCCCUAAAUGGAUUCAGCUGCUUCUGUGGUUUUAAGGAUUUAAACCCAGGGGAGAGGAGUUCUGAACUUCAGACUCCUAUUCAAGUUUGCUGGAACUCUUUCCGGCGGUUGUACUUCUACUCUAUAGUAUAGUGACCGAGUAGUAGCUUCAUCGAAGCUUAGCUUUUAGGCUUGGUACUCCUGAACAACACUCCAGACCUGUCUCAAUGAUUUCUCCAAUGGAAAUUAUUCUCAACCUGAUAACCCCAGACUCCUCUCCAUCUACCUCUCCAACAAAUACAAUCGAGAGGCUGGAGGGCAGUCUGGCUCAGGCAGCACUCUGCAAUGUGGACGGCUCACAGGCGGGGUCAGAAGAUUCGACGCUCGACCCCCAGCGCACUCGGCAGGCCAUAGCACAGCUCCAGCAGAAGAUCCUGAGGCUGACGGAGCAGCUGCGCAUCGAGCAGGCAGCGCGUGAUGAAAAUGUAGCCGAGUACCUCAAGCUCGCCAACAACACCAACGACAAGCAGCAGAGUUGCCGGAUUAAACAGGUCUUCGAGAAGAAAAACCAGAAGUCGGCGGCAACUAUCGCACAGCUGCAGCGCAAGCUGGAGCACUACCGGCGCCGGCUCCGCGAGGCUGAGCAUGGUGGCGAUGCGGCACGCCAACACAAAGGUGUGCUGCGUGAUGUCCAGCAGGGUCUACGCGACGUGGGUGCGCGGGUUAUCACAGGCCUCAAUGAUGGCGUGGUGAACAGCGUGCGGGGCGGCCUGUCCAGCUUCUCGCACGCCACACACACGGCGGCCGGUGCUGUGGCCUCAAAGCCGCGUGAGAUCGCCUUGCUUCUGCGCAGCCGUUUCGGCAGCGCCGACAACAUUAGCGUGCUGAAGGAUGGAGAAGAUCCUAAUGGUGCCAACACCAGCGGGCAUUUGCAGGGCAGCCCACGGUUUGGCAGCGAGGAGGACUGCUCGAGCGCAACGUCAGGAUCAGCCGGUGCCAAUAGCAUCACAGGGGGAGUCGGCGGGCCUCCGAGCUCUAAGGGGAACACACUGGAGCGGGGAAGUUGCAUGGGCAUGGAGAUGCUGAUACAGGAGGUGCAGGAGCUCAGGGAGGUUCAGGCUCGUCUGGACGAAACUCUGGAGGAGCUGAAGGUCCAUUACCAUCGGGACUGUACACUGUCUUUGCAGACACUGCAGGAGGAGCGGUUCAGGUGUGAGCGGCUGGAGGAGCAACUGAAUGACCUAACAGAGCUCCACCAGAAUGAGAUUCUGAACCUGAAACAGGAGCUGGCCAGCAUGGAAGAGAAAAUGGCUUAUCAGUCGUAUGAGAGAGCUCGGGACAUACAGGAGGCGCUGGAGGCCUGUCAGACACGCGUCUCAAAUAUGGAGCUACAGCAGCAGCAGCAGCAGGUGGUGCAGCUCGAGGGCCUGGAGAACGCCACGGCACGCGCCCUGCUUGGCAAGCUUAUCAACGUCCUGCUCACCCUCAUGGCCGUCCUCCUAGUGUUCGUGUCCACUGUCGCUAAUUGCGUGGCGCCCAUGAUGAAAACGCGCAGCCGCUCCUUCUCCACACUCGUCCUCUUCCUGCUCUUCACCUUGCUCUGGAGGAACUGGGACGCACUCUCAGGACACACACUUCGCUUUCUGCACGUGCCGAGAUGACGACGCUGACAACCGCAACGCAGUGGUGCUUUGAACAUCAGGAAGCUACAGCCAACUGUGAACCAUCAAGAGACGGGGAAAUAAUCUGUGAAAAAUAAACUUCCUUUUUUUUUUUAAAAGGAAGAGGUGUAUACGUUUACAUUUUGGAAGUAUGAAUUAAGUCAGCCUUUUCUUGUUGCACCUCUUUUAUUAGGAUGUUGUAAUAAAUAAAUAAUACAUGUUAUUCCAUCGAUUUAUAACAAAUUUUUGUUUUGUAUAAUAAUCAGUUGUAUGUAGCAUCAAAGUCCUACUUCUGAAACAGGUGAUGGAAAAUUAUUUGGAUGUUGCACUCGAACUUUCCUCCCCUAUCACUGCCUUUUGGUAGAUUUUUAGUAAAUCUUAUGGUCUGCCUUUAAGGGGGAGGGGGGUAUGCACUUUGAGCUAUCAUUAGCAGUGUUGGCCUACUCUGCCAUCACUUUGUUCACCGCACUGGAUUUAACAUUGAAGGGGGAACCUGAAUGGACUGAUGGACAUACUUGAAGAGAGUGGUACUCUAGGGACCUUCUGUGCUUCCAUAUUGUUUCUAUUAGCAAUGUAUUACCACUUUCAGGAACUUUAUAGUAUAUGAACGAUAAAAACAAUGAAAUAAUGUUAAAUGAAUGAGUGAGUUGUUGAAUGAGGCACUACUGUUGUGAUCGGAGCCUGUUUACCGUAUGAUAUCAGAGAAAGUGCAAAAGGUCUUCAAUGAAUUUGACUCAAAUUUAAUUUUAUUUCUACAAAUGUUACACAUUAUAUCGACUAGGUUAUCAGCAGUCCAAAUGUUUUUAUUAGCAUAUUGCAUUGGUGAAAAUUCCAGCCUGUACACCUUUACUAAAAACUGGAGAAGCUUACUACAUCCAGUAUUGGAUCACAUCAGUUUUUGAUCAGUGUUUGACCUUCAUUCUUUUUAAGCUAAUUUGUUUGUCUGAGUCAUUAAUAAAUAAAUAAAAAUACCCAUAAUAUUAGAUUUGCCAAGGUUGCCAUUUUCUUGAAAAUGCUAUUUAAGCAUUUCAAGGUGAGGACAGGGCAUAGGACAGGACAUGGGAACAUUCUAUAAUAAUACAGCUAUAUUUGACUUGACUAUAUUUAAAUAUUUAAAGGCACGGCUGUUUAAAAUGAAUGCUUUAGUGAAUCCCUGUGGGAUGUUCGAGUGGAGGUGUUCUUGUUUUUUUUUUAUUCCAGCAAAGAAAUCCUUUUUCCAUGUGAGUGUAGCCAAGCUAUUAACAUUGUUUCUGUACUUAAAUUUCUUUCAUGGUAUUGAAUCUCAAUGUAACAUGUGAGGUGUCCAAUUAAGCCAUGGAUAAUUGGUUUAGCUACUUGAAUAAUAAAUCAGAUUAAUUAGUAAAUAAAUCUUUGAAUCCUUCUUUGGUGACCCAGGUGGACAGGCUCUAGGUGUCCACACCGCAAGACUGUUUAACCUUGACCCUGAAAAUGUGUGAAACAGCCGGAGGUGUGUGUGUGUGUGUGUGUGUGUGUGUGUGUGUGUGUGUGCGCAUGGGUAGGUGGGUGUGCAUGCUAAGCAACUUCAGUGCCUUCUGAUGUCUGUAUGCCUGUAAUAAAAAGCAUUCCUGCCUAGACAAAGA